CGGAGCGAGCGGCAGGUCUCACCCGAAGGUUUCCCGCGGGGCUCAGCAAACCCUGGGAGAAGAGGCACUACAGACCGCACUGCCCAGCCUAGGGGUGCGCCCCGAGGGAGACUGUACCUUGAGCUGCACUGGCACUCGGAAGCGGAUCAGGGGACGGUGAAAGGGCGCUCCGGAGACGGAGCGGGCGGCCGCGGAUCGGACCGAAAGUGCAGGGGAUGAGGGCCGCGCCGGACCGGAAAGCCGUUUCACUGCCGGCGUGGGCACGUGACCCGGACGGAAGUGGGGCUUUCGGCCAGACUAUUCCCUUCAGCAAGCGCAAGCUUUUUAUACAUUUCCAUUCCAACAAAUGAUGACUGAAGUUCCUAUGGCAGUUAUGAAUGAACAAGAAAUGCCAGAAGAAGUUCCAGCCCCGGCUCCUGCUCAGGAACCCACACAAGAGACUCCAAAAGGAAGGAAAAGAAAACCCAGAAAAACAGAACCAAAAACACCAGUGGAACCCAAAAAACCCGCUGAAGCCAAAAAAUCUGGCAAGUCCACAAAAUCAAAAGAAAAGCAAGAAAAAAUUACAGACACAUUUAAAGUGAAAAGAAAAGUAGACCGGUUCAAUGGUGUUUCAGAAGCUGAACUUUUGACCAAGACUCUACCGGACAUUUUGACCUUCAAUCUGGACAUUGUGAUUAUCGGCAUAAACCCAGGACUAAUGGCUGCUUACAAAGGGCAUCAUUACCCUGGACCUGGAAACCAUUUUUGGAAGUGUCUGUUUAUGUCAGGGCUGAGUGAGGUCCAACUGAAUCACAUGGAUGAUCACACUUUACCAGGAAAAUAUGGUAUUGGAUUUACCAAUAUGGUGGAAAGGACAACACCAGGCAGCAAGGAUCUUUCCAGUAAAGAAUUUCGUGAAGGAGGACGUAUUCUAGUGCAGAAAUUACAGAAAUAUCAGCCACGAAUAGCAGUGUUUAAUGGAAAAUGUAUUUAUGACAUUUUUAGUAAGGAAGUUUUUGGAAUAAAAGUUAAGAACUUAGAAUUUGGACUUCAACCGCAUAAGAUCCCAGACACAGAAACUCUCUGCUAUGUUAUGCCAUCAUCCAGUGCAAGAUGUGCUCAGUUUCCUCGAGCCCAGGACAAAGUUCAUUACUACAUUAAGCUGAAAGACUUAAGAGAUCAGUUGAAAGGCAUUGAGCGAAACACAGAAGUUCAAGAGGUGCAAUAUACAUUUGACCUGCGGCUAGCCCAAGAGGAUGCAAAGAAGAUGGCUGUGAAGGAAGAGAAGUAUGAUCCGGGUUAUGAAGCAGCGUACGGUGGCGCUUAUAGUGAAAAUCCGUGCAGUAGUGAACCCUGCAGCUUCUCCUCAGAUGGGCUGAUGGCUGACAGUGGAGGAUCAACUUUCAGUGACAUUCCCAAUGGGCAGUGGAUGACCCAGUCAUUUACAGACCAGAUUCCUUCCUUUAAUAAUCACUGUGGGAUGCAAGAACAGGAAGAAGGAAACCAUGCUUAAGAAUGGUGUUUCUCAGCCCUGCUUAAAUGCUGCAGUUUUAAUGCAGUUGUCAAGAAGUGGCCCUCUUGACACCACCUCAAAGUGGUUUGUUAACUGAAGUAUUUUAUUCAUAUUUUACUCUGGUGAUGUAAUCAUGGUACAGUAGAACUACUUACGGACCUAAGUACUUUGGAAGGAGAAAGUGGAGUUUUUUGUGUAUGAGUUUUUGUAUUGGAAUUAAUCAUCAUUCCAGCUUUUUAUAAACUAUCUUUCAUUUAUGAAGAAAUUGAUUUUCUUUUGGGAGUCACUUUUAACCUGUGAUUUAAAAAUGAAAGAGUCUGCAUAUUUACACUUGAUUAUUAACUGUGCGUAAACUUAGACGCACCGUUAUCCCUUUCGUGCGUAAGAAGGGCGUGCUGAUGAUGAGAUUCCCACUGGUAAAGAGGCAAAUGUGCUGAUUUUCAUCUGUGAGGUUAACCCUCAGCGGAGUCUCAUUUGGUAGUUUUUAGUGGUGUUUGAUGGGCUUCCUGAGUUGUAUUCACACUCAGACCUCCUUGCUUUACCAGUGGUGAGCGUCUGUGAGAGUUGCUUGGUAGUAGAAAUGGAGAGUAUGGCCUUGCAGCAGCAAGGCUAACCCGGCCUUACAUGUCAGGGCCAUGAGCCCUGGCUUUGGCCCUCUCACCCCCACGUGCUGGUCCUCUAGUAGGCAGAAACUAUUCUGCUGGGACGGUAAGUUCCAGAGAGUGCAGAAGACCUUUUAAAUUUUGCUACUUCAUCUGUGUUUUACUUGAGAGACAUACAUUUGAUAGGGAAGGAACUGAAUUUCUCUCUCAGUAUCUAUCACCAUUCAAAUUUUAUCCUCCUUGGCUUUAAGCAUGUAACAUGGAAAUGAUGAGAAAUGAACUUUCAGAUCGAGUAACAAGAUGCUGGAGGUGUUUGAUAAUCUUAUUUAAACUGGUGCUUUAUGUACAUGAGAUGUACUAAAAUAAAUAAUACAGGAUUUUUCUUGCUAGGUAAAUCGAAUAAGCCAGUAAUUUUUAAAAAUUCUUUCUCUUCAUCAUUGCUAUUUGUUACUGUGGACUAAGUGAACUUCAUGGCCAGGUUACUUUGAAGUAAUGUACCUUUGUGAUUUUCUAAUGCAUUUUCCAUGGUGCUACAAAUAGUCCAGACUACUAGGCCUGGUGGAUAUCAAAGCUGGGUAUUCAGAAAUGCCAGUUGCAUUUAUCCUGAUCACUUCUGAAUAUUCUGAUUUUAUACCUACCCAGGGAGCAUGCUGUUUCUUGAUAUGAAAAUAUUUAUGAGGUUUUGUUUUUUUUUCUAAAAGGUUAUAUAGCCUGUUUUUUUUGUAAUAAGAGAUACAAAUUAUUGUUGUGAAUCUUAACAUGCUUUUUUAGCUGUAGCUAUGAUGGAUUUUAUUUUUCCUUUAGUCUAGGUAAAGCUGUGUAAAAGUCAUUCGUGUUAUUUAAAUCACGUACUGUACUGCUGUUUACAUGGAUGUUUUGUGCAGGUGCUUUGAAGUGCCUUGCAUCAGGGAUUAGGAACAAUUUAAUUAUUUUUUCCUGGGACUCUGUAAAGCAUGUAACUAGGUAUUACUUUGGUUUUUAACAAUUACAGCCUUACAUGGAUUUUUUUUUUGAGUGGAGAAAAUACCUUUUAAAUUAUGAUGGACACGCACGAGAGAAUGGGUUUGAAGAUUUUUUUCAAGCAUACAAUAAUGGUGUUUUUCAUUAAAUAUGACAGAUGAACAGUAAAUGUUGAUAUACCCUAUACACAACAAUAUGAGACUUUUUCAUUAAAUAAUAUUUAAAAAGUUUUAAAAUUCAUUUGAAAAUCUGAUGAUUUUUACAAUAAAAAAUAUUGAAGAUGAUUA